CUAGAAUUUUAUCUCAAGAGCUUUGCGUGUAUCCAGGAAGCCCAGGGUAACGGCAGUGAGGCACCCACGGCGAUAGCUGUCCGUGUGUAGGUCCCAGUGUCCUGUGUUCCAAUUCAUCCUCCAGACCUUUAAUUGACUUGGAAGUCUCUUCCAAUUUCACUCACUCCGUGGGUCCUUGCAGUAGCUUAACCCUUGGAGUCUGUCUUACCCUCUUCGUGUAGUUUAUGAAAACUUACAGAUGUCCAAAAAUGACUACAGUAGAGCAGGCUGAGGCCCAGCUCUCGGAGUUAGACCUGCUGGCCAGUAUGUUCCCCGGUGAAAGUGAGCUCGUAGUCAAUGACCAGCUGGCCUUAGCAGAGCUGAAAGAUGGUAUUGAGAAGAAGACAAUGGAGGGGCGAUCUUCAAAAGUCUACUUUACUAUCAAUCUGAACCUGCACAUAUCUGAGGAAGUGAUGGUGGCAUUUUCUCUGGCCUGCAUUCUUCCCUUUAAAUAUCCUGAAGUCCUGCCUGAAAUUACUGUCAGAUCAGCGGUACUAAGCAGAUCACAGCAGUCUCAGCUGAACGUAGAUCUGACUGCUUACUUGCAGAAGAAUUGUCUUGGGGAUGUCUGUAUAUUGAAUGCCGCGGAGUGGGUGAGAGAACAUGCCUCUGGCUAUGUCAGCAGAGAUGUGCUGUCUUCCCCGACCCCAGAAAGCACAGUCCAGCCAGUGGAUCUCAUUCUUACAAGGCUCUGGAUCUACAGCCAUCACAUCUACAGUAAAUGGAAGAGAAAGAAUAUCCUAGAGUGGGCCAAAGAGCUUUCCCUGUCCGGGUUUAGCAUGCCUGGGAAGCCUGGUGUUGUUUGUGUGGAAGGCCCACAAAGUGCCUGUGAAGAGUUCUGGUCAAGACUCCGAAAAUUAAACUGGAAGAGAAUUCUAAUUCGCCAUCGAGAAGACAUUCCUUUUGAUGGUACAGAUGAUGAAAUGGAAACACAAAAGAAAUUUUCCACUUUUGAGGAAAAAGUGUUCAGUGUUAAUGGAGGCAGAGGAAACCACAUGGACUUUGGUCAGCUGUAUCACUUCUUAACCGCCCAAGGAUGUGGGGAUGUUUUCCAGAUGUUCUUUGGUGUGGAAGGACAAUGACAGAGGAAGAGUGGAUGAACAUAUUUUGUCACUUUGGGCCUCUUGGUUUUUCCCCCCACUCUUUCUUGAAAGAUUAAUUUUAUUUUAAUUCCAUUCUAGAAUGAUAGGAGGAAAAAAUAAAAUGUGAAAGUCCUAUAGUUUCAGUGAAACUGUACAAAAUGCCACAAUUGAAAGCAGAACUGAGUUUUAAAUUAUAGUCUUUAAUUUAUCAGAGAUUUCUUUCCAUAUAAACUACCCAUUUUGAAAGAGAAAUUCAUUAUAUAUGAAGACAAUGUCGGUGGCCCACCUUGCUAGCUGUUCCGGAUACCCUUCACCUCUCUCUGCCUUCACUAAAGAACCUGGAAAGCAAUCUGCUCACCCUUCCAGCUUGCCUCUGCUGCUGGUGGCCUGAAGACACAGCUGAUGGAUUUCUGGGAAAACACUUUUUCCUGGGUGAAAAUGAUACAUGUAUCUAAGCUACCUUUCCCUCCCUUCCUGCCGCAAAUACUGAAAUGAGGGUGGAGCUGGAGUAGUCCUUUCAGCCCCAGUGGAGGGCUGGGCCCAGAGAAUCUCAGAGAUGCUGGCUCUAUGUUGCUGGGCUGCUGACGUCAGCCCUUGGUGAUUUCUGGACAACUUAUUAUCAAAUAAAACCAGCUUUGUUUCAA